AUGCCACUCCAAAGGAUUCAGGCGCCGUUUCGGCGCUCGCUUGCUCGCGCUGCAGUUCACUCGUCGCGGCCCUAUGCCACUAUUCCCUCCCCUUCCGACCCUCCGCAGAUCCAGGAAUCAGCAAGUUCAAAUCCAACCCCGAGCGGCGGCACCACCAAACCGCGCCCGACCUACUUCAAAGACACCACCGUCGGCGCGUUCUCGGACUUCCUUCCUUCUGCCGGGCCUCUCCCGCCAAGCGAAGCCUACGCCCCGCGCACCGCCACCGUCGGCCCCGAGGGCCGCAAGCGCACCGUCACGCGUCUCCCAGACUGGCUAAAGACACCCAUCCCAUCAGCCGGCUCGAACCCCAACUUUGCCAAGAUCAAAGCCGACCUCCGCGGCCUUGGUCUGCACACGGUGUGCGAGGAGGCGAGGUGCCCCAACAUUGGCGAGUGCUGGGGCGGCAGCAACAAGGCGGCCGCCACCGCCACCAUCAUGCUCAUGGGAGACACGUGCACGCGCGGGUGCCGAUUCUGCAGUGUCAAGACGAGCAGGCGGCCGCCGCCGCUUGAUCCGCACGAGCCCGAGAACACGGCCGAGGCGCUGGCGAGGUGGGGGCUGGGAUAUGUCGUCUUGACGAGCGUCGACCGGGAUGAUUUGGCCGAUGGUGGCGCGCGGCACUUUGCAGAGACAAUUCGCCGGAUCAAGUCCAAGAAGCCCACGAUGCUGGUGGAGGCGUUGACGGGCGAUUUUGGAGGUGAUUUGGAAAUGGUUAGGAUUGUUGCUGAGAGCGGGCUAGAUGUGUACGCGCAUAAUGUGGAGACUGUCGAGGGUUUGACGCCGUAUGUGCGCGAUCGAAGGGCGACGUUUAGGCAGAGCCUGAAGGUGCUGGGGCAUGUGAAGGAGGUGAGGGGGAAGGAGGGAAUCAUUACCAAGACGAGUAUUAUGCUGGGCCUGGGGGAGACGGAGGAGGAAAUCUGGGACACACUGAGGGAAUUGAGAAAGAUCGAUGUCGACGUCGUCACGUUCGGCCAGUACAUGCGUCCUACCAAGCGGCAUCUCAAGGUCGAGCGGUACGUCGCGCCUGACGAGUUCGAGCUCUGGAGGCAACGUGCCCUCGACAUGGGCUUCCUCUACUGUGCCAGUGGUCCUCUAGUCCGAUCUUCGUACAAGGCCGGCGAGGCGUUCAUUGAGAAUGUGCUGCGGAAGCGGGCUGGAGAGAGGGCCAUGGCGGCAGAGAGCCUAAGUCAGGCCGUUGCAGCCGAGGAGAGCAGUGGCAAGUCUCUGUAG